AUGCUCUUCACUCGUGUUGCAGUCUUCAUCUUUACCGUCGCCAUCGCCAUGUCGACUCGUGCCCUUCCAGUUGUUGAGGGUCCACUGGUCAGCCUCAGCAAGAAGGACUGCGAGAAUGAAGAGCGUCGCGAAUGGGUGCCCCGUGGCAACGAAGCCCGCGGCUAUGCUCCUCGGACUUGCUGGGCUCCUUGA